AUGUCUUCCUCCUCUGGUACUCCAGAAUCUUGGAUCUCUUCUUUCUGCGCAUUAUUGGGUCAUGAAUACUUUGCAGAAAUAUCGGAAGAAUUUAUAGAAGAUGACUUCAAUUUGACAGGUUUACAGACACAGGUAGCUAUGUAUAAAGAAGCGCUCGAGAUGAUAUUAGAUGUCGAACCAGAAGAUGAUGAGGACGAGGAAGACGAAGAUGAGGAUGAAGAUGAGGAUGCAUCUAUCGAGGGUGAGGAUCGAUCAGGACGAAGAGCCGCUGCCGAAAGAAGACACCAACGAAUGGCAAGCGAUCUCUCAAUUAUAGAAUCCUCGGCAGAAAUGCUAUACGGUCUAAUCCAUCAACGAUUUAUCUGUUCUCGAGCCGGUAUGCAACAAAUGUCCGAAAAAUACGACCUCGCCCAUUUUGGCGUCUGUCCAAGAACACAUUGCGAACAAGUCCGAACAUUACCCGUAGGAUUAUCUGAUGUUCCAGGUGAAGAUACUGUUAAACUCUUCUGCCCCUCUUGUCUCGAUGUAUAUGUUCCACCAAAUUCCAGGUUUCAAACAGUCGACGGUGCAUACUUUGGGCGAACGUUCGGGUCGCUUUUCCUGGUCACUUUCCCCGAUUAUGAUAUUAGUAAGAAAGGAUUAGAACCGUUAGGAGGACAUGGGGCCAGAGGUUUACAGCAUGCCAAUCAUGAUGAAGAAAAGGAAAAGAUAAACGGCAUGAACGCAUCGAAUCUCGCACCUGGUCUCGGAAAAGGCAAGGUUUACGAACCUAAAAUCUAUGGAUUCAAGGUUUCCGAGAGAGCGAGAAGUGGUCCUCGAAUGGCUUGGUUGAGGAAACGACCAGAUGAGAUUAGGGAUUUGGAUGAAGCAACUGCAUAUGCGGUCGAGCAUGCCGAGGACAGUGACGAAGGUAUUGAUGUUGCACCCGGUGGGGCUAGUGCGAGUGCUCGACUCAAACCUCGAAGGAGGAAUCCAAAGGCAGCGGCGAAUAAUCGAGGUAGUCCGAUGAGUGUGGAGGCCAAUGGGGAGAUUUUCUCGUAG